GACAGGGCUCGCGUCCAUCCGCAUCAACAAAAAUUCGAGACUCAGACUCCGGUGCAUCACACCCUUAUACAGUUGAACUCUAGAUUUUCUUCGAGCACUCCCGGAUUCUGAAUUUAGAUCCAUUGUGGUGCCUUUGAAAUGGCGUCUCUGCUUCCUCAGUCAGAGGGAUACCUCCCCCUCUACAUUUUGUUCGUGGGCGUCACUGCGAUUGGAAAUGCCAUCCAAUGCUACAACACCCUCUCCUACACGCGACGUCUGUACUCGGGUCAGCCUUCGGCAACGCAAACCAAGGGCAAAAGCUCUCCGGAAGGGAGCUCCCCAGCAACUCCUCUAUCCUCAAGAACAUUCGGGACCUGGACACUGGCAGUGGGGAUCGUCAGAAUUUUUGCCGCAUAUCACAUCAAUGAGGCGUCGUGGUUUCAGAUGCAGAUGUUGACCAACGUCGUUGGACUCGUGCACUUCAGCCUGGAGGCAUUUGUGUACAAGACCAGUUCGCCAUCAGGACCAUGGCUCGCUCCCGUCACUGUUGCUCUGAUUGGUCUGGUCUGGAGCACAGCACAAUAUGGCUUCUAUGUCAGGUAGAGGGUUCCUCAAGAUAUCAUCCGUAUUAGGAGCUAGGCUCUGUCGUGGGCAUGUCGGGCGCAGGCGGCUUUUCAACCUCUUCUCCCUCCUUACCGAGCUUCUUCCUAUACAACUCUCCCGCGCACUUCUGCAGCCUGACUGUAGCUUGUUCCGGUGUGAUAUCUCUCUGGGGCUCUCCCAGCAUCUCGUAUCCGACAAGAAAUUUCCUGACAGUUGCACUCCUUAGGAGGGGAGGGUAGAAAUGCAGAUGAAGACUGGAGCACUCUAUCUCCUCGUCGCUGCCGUCCAGCGGCGCCUGGUGGAUACCCAUACUGUAAGGAAAGCUCGUUUCAAAG